GGUAGUGAUAACACGUAUGUACUCAAUAUGUAGUUAAUUUUUACGUGAACAAAAUCGUGCUGUGCUGUUUACUUUUUCACUUAACGGAUAAAUACAUACGUAAAAAGGAAUAACGUUCAGUAUAUAUUAUUCGACACCUUUCCGAAGCUAUGAUAUAAAAUAUCAUAAUGAAUUAAAAUGGACAGUAAAAAUCUAGAUGUGUCGACUGAAAAUGAACACACAACAAACGCUUCAAGCGAUUUGAAUAAAAUAAAUUCAUUAAAAUCAGAAAAUAAAAGAGAAAUAGUUGCACAUUACACAAAAGACGAGGAAUCAGUGAUGGUCGAUAGAGUUACAUUUGAAGGAUUAGAAGAUGAUAGCAUUUGUUCUGAUGAUAUAAAUAAUAAGAAAUUACCACAAAUACCGGACGGUGGUUGGGGAUGGGUGGUCGUAGUUGCUGCAUUCUUAAUCUCAGCCUGUGCUGACGGUCUGGCAUUCUCCUUCGGUCUUCUCCACGAGGAAUUUACUUCAUACUUUGAAACUACACAAUCGAAAACAUCUUUAAUAGGAAGCUUGUUUAUAGCGACUCCCUUGCUUGCUGGACCGAUUAUGAGUGCGUUGGUAGAUAGAUAUGGUUGUCGGACUAUGACAAUGAUUGCUGGCUUACUUUCGACUAUUGGAUUCUUGUUAGCAUCAGUUAGUAAUUCCGUGGAAAUGUUAUGCUUGACGUUUGGGUUUCUGAGCGGUCUAGCAAUGGGUAUUUUAUACGUAACUGCUGUUGUGGCCGUCGCAUUUUGGUUUGAUAAGAGAAGAAAUCUAGCCGUUUCUCUCGCUUCUUGUGGGAUCGGUUUCGGAACUUUAGUUUAUUCUCCCUUAACACAUUAUUUACUGGAAGCUUAUGAUUGGAGGAAUACUGUUGUUCUUCUAGCUGGUACUUUAUUGAACAUGUGUGUGUGUGGUGCGUUAAUGAGAGAUCCUGAAUGGUUAACGAUUAAGCAGGAAAGAGAAAGAAGACUGUCUAAGCCUAAGUCUGGUAGGUCGUCUAGUAUCGGGUCUAUGUCAUCUAGAUCUAUAGGAGGUGAAUCAUUGUUUUUAACUCCUGAGGAAUUGAAAGCGUUGUUGAAAAGUGGACAGAGUCCUGAUUAUAUUUUAGCCACGCUCACUACAAGUAUUGCGGAAGCACAGAAAUUAGAAGAAACGACACAAUUCAAUGCUGAACAGUCUUAUAAAAGAAUACAUUCUGAUAUACAUCUACCAACUUUUAUAGCGCAAAAUGAAAAGGUCCCAGUAGAAGUAAUAGAAAAAUUAAUGAGUAAUAAAAGAUUAUAUAACAUAAUACUACAAAACUAUCCAGAUUUAAUUACAAGACGACGUUCUGAAGAGAAUCUUAACAUCGAAGUAUCGGAGCUUGUUAAAAAUGAACCGGCACAACUGCCAGUUUCUGUCACAAUAAAAAUGCCCAAUAAAAACGAACUAGAAACAAAUAAAGAUGAGAAAAACAAAGAACGUAAAGAAAAGUGGAAGAAUCAAAAAAGUAUAGACAAAGAUGUAAAUAUAGAGAAUAGUGUUGAUAAGAAAAUCAAACCCAAAUUACCAGUACAACAAACAAAUUGGCUGACGAGACAAAUUUCUAUGGACCACCAUUACUUAAGGGAUAUGCCUUUAUACAGGAAUACUAUAAUGCAUAGAGGAGCUAUGAUGAACAUUCCUAGAUACAAGCUAAGAGCCUCGUCUCUGCCAGAUAUUUACAGGAAUUCCAUGUGGUCACUUGGCUCAGAAUCAGACGAUGGAAUGAAAUGGUAUCAAAGACUUUGGCAGACAACGAAAUCGACUUUCGACUUUAGAAUGUUCACGGAGUUCCAUUUCUUAAUGUUUAACUUAUCUUCUCUGAUCCUCUCCGUGUGGUUCAUAGUCCCUUACUUCUUUCUAAAGUCUUACAUGACUUCUAGAAGUAUGGCAGGUGGAGCUGAAAUGAUCAGUAUCAUUGGUAUUGCAAGCAGCAUUGGAAUUGUUGCUCUAGGCUGGGCAGGAGACCAACCUUGGAUAAAUGUCACCAAGACUUACGCCGUGUGUCUCAUCAUAUGCGGCCUUUCCGUCAGUCUCUAUCCCCUCUUCAUCACCAACUACUGGGGCCUGGCCAUCAUCUCCGCGGUCUUUGGUCUAUCCUUCGCUAGUUCCUACUCCUAUACUCCUGCUAUUCUAAUGGAAUUAAUGCCUAUAGACCACUUCACGGUUGCAUAUGGUCUGAUACUUCUCAGUCAGGGGAUCGGGCAUUUAGUUGGACCUCCUAUUGGUGGUAUGCUGUACGAUUUGACAGGCAGUUGGGACCUGACAUUUUACACGGGUGGUAUCUGGCUUGUCAUAUCUGGUCUAUGUGUGGGUGUCAUACCGUACACGAAGGAUUUACGCAUGUGUGGCACUGCUCCGCUCUUCAAGGAAGCCGAGGAAGCGAGAAAGGAAGACGUUGAUGUCUGAAUUUAUU